UAUUUUUCUUUCCCCUUGUUUUUAACAUUUCCAAAAUAAUUCCCAAAAAUUUUCUCCCAAAAAAUUAUCGAAAAAAUCCUUCAAAAAAUUUCCCCGAAAAUUUUCCCCAAUUAAUUUUCAAAAAUUUCUCCCAAAAAAAAUUCUCAAAAAUUUCCUCCAAAAAUGUUUUUCUUCUUUCAUUCCCCUUUAAUUAUCUUUCUACUUUUUAAUUUUAUUUUAACUAAAUUUGGCUGUCUUUCUUCAAAAAGUUUUGUUAUUUUAAGAGAUGAAAAUGAAGUUACAGACAAUGAAAAAAUAAAAAGCUUCAAUGAAACACCCAAAAAGUUUAUGCUCAAAUGCCCAAAGACGUCGAAAAACAUUUCCAAAGUUGAAUGGAGCCACAACACCCGGGUAAUAUUCAAAAUCAAGUUUACCCAAGACGGAACACCCGAACCCAUUUUAAACGAAAAGGACAACCCAAAAUGGUCAAUACACGCAAAAGCAUGGCAUUCAAUAGACAAAAAUGUUGCAAUGAUUUUAACAGCAAAAAAUGAAAAAUUCAAAGUGGAAAUUGAGUUGGAAAGAAAAAAUUGUUCAAAAAAUUCGAAAAUAAAUUUUCAUCAAUGGAUGGUUUUGAGAAUAAAUAAAAUUGAUAUUGAGGAAGAUGAGGGGAUUUGGAAAUGCCAGAUUUUUGUGAAUGAUGAGAGGAAUAAAGGGAGGUUGAAAUUGGAAGGAGAAAGUAGAAAGAGAAUUGCAGCAUACAACAUCAGGACAACACACUCCAAAUCAAGCGAAUUUCGAAGAAGAGGGAGAAGAACACAUCAGAACGAUUUGAAUGAAGCAUCUUGGUAUUUAAAGCAAUCUGAGGAAGAAGCAUCGAACGGAGAGAGGACAUUUGGGUAGG